UGGUGUAAACAUCAGGCGAAAUGUUGGCUAAGAUAACAGUGUUCGCUUUACUGGCUGUUGCUGUCCAUUGCAAUGUCCCCGGCAAAGACUACUCAAGCUUUUCAUACGGUGUAUCCGACCCUCAUACUGGCGACGUUAAAAACCAACAGGAAACCCGUGUAGGAAGUACUGUUGUAGGUCAGUACUCGCUUCUCGAGUCUGACGGCACUAAGCGCAUCGUGGAUUACUCUGCCAACCCUAGUACUGGUUUCAACGCUGUGGUUCGUAAGGAUGGUGUCUCAGUUCACCCGUCGGGGCCAGUAGGAUAUGCAGCACCAGCAUACUCCGGUUACAGUGGAUACGCAGCUCCUUACGGUCAUGGUGCUGUCAGUUAUUCGAAUCUGUACAAUAGCGUCGCAUCUCAUGGACUCGGAUAUGGCGCGGGAGCAUACGGACACGGAGCUGGUCUCGGAUACGGAACCGGUCUGGGCUACGGGGCUGGACUUACUGGGUACAAAAGCGGUCUGGGUUACGCUGGAUUAGGAUACGGCGCGGGUCUCGGAUACAAUGCAGGUCUCGGAUACAACGCAGGUCUCGGAUACGGCGCUGGUCUCGGAUAUGGGACUGGUUUAGGUUACGCGUCUGGUCUCGGAUACGGUUAUGGAGCUGGUCUUGGUUAUGGUAGCCGUUUGGGUUGGUAGAAAACAUAAAUAUCAGGCUGAUUUAUGAUGUGAUCGAAUUAAAACCAUAUCUGAAAGAUGUCAAAACAUAUUUUUGAAUGAAGUCUAUUAAAAUUAAAACGUUACAUAUAUGUAAAUAAAAAUAAUAGACAUGUAAAUAAACUAUUUUGUAAAAUAAACUUCUAUAAAGUUAUAAAAGAACAAACAUUUUCAAAUAUUAUUUUAUUUCGAUUAACAAAAUGAUUCUGUCGUAACAACGCCUGCUAUUUGGUAUGAAAUGGACUUUUUGAAUUACUUCGCAACAUGUAAAUAUACUUAAUUUCUUGCA